AUCUCUGAUUAUGACGUUUCCUCAUAACUCCUCUCGGUCAAUGUUCGAAACGUCUUCCAUAUCGAUCCACGUUUGACUCCCCCCCCAUCGGGGCUUUCGUUUCCCACCUCUGUAUUGAAAACUCAGCUAAUAAUCUCUCUUUUUCUCUCUUUCUUUAUUGGCAAAUUGCUUUUCUCUUCUCUAAUUAUGACCGUUUCCUCGGGCUGCGGAUUAAAUUAUUGAACUUUUAUAAUUAAUCCUCUCGAUCCAGGUUCGAAUCAACUUAAAAUAUGACGAUUGACACAAAAAUGUCAGGUCUGAAUCGAGAUAAUAAAUUAUUGAAAUUCGAUCAUUUAUGGUGUAAAUGAAAAGUUUUGAUAAUCUCGAGGACAAAUCGGAAAACAGUUACAAUUCUGCGGGCGAGAGUCCGAUGGCACGAGCAGAAAAGGAGGGGGCGAAGAAGAGGGUGGUGGUCGUUGGUGGGGGUGUUGGUGGCUCCGUUCUUGCCCACUCUCUCCAGUCUGUUGCAGAUGUUUUCCUCAUCGAUCAGAAGGAAUACUACGAAAUCCCAUGGGCAAGCUUGAGGUCAAUGGUGGAACCAUCAUUUGCUGAAAGAUCAGUGAUUAAUUACUCCGAUUACCUUCCCAAUGUUCAGAUUAUUACAUCUGCAGCAACUAACAUCACAGACGAGGAAGUCAUAACAGCAGGAGGGAAUACGGUUGCGUAUGAUUAUCUUGUUAUUGCAACAGGACACUCAGAAUCUCUUCCCAGAUCUAGAGAAGAGAGAUUGAAUGAGUACCGGGCAGAUUUUGAAAAGAUAAAGUCUGCUGAUUCAGUUUUGAUUGUUGGAGGGGGGCCCACUGGUGUUGAACUUGCUGGUGAAAUUGCUGUUGACUUUCCCGGUAAGAAGGUGAUUCUGGUGCAUCGGGGGACAAGAUUGCUGGAAUUUAUUGGCCCCAAGGCUUCCCGGAGGGCACUGGCUUGGUUGGUUGCAAAGAAAGUUGAAGUGAUCUUGAAUCAAUCUGUCAACUUGAACUUUUCAUCAGAUGGCAUUUUCCAAACAUCUGCUGGAGAAACUAUCACAGCUGAUUGCCAUUUCGUCUGUGCGGGUAAGCCAGUGGGUUCAUCUUGGAUUAAAGAGACUAUUUUAAGCGACAGCCUAGAUAUACAUGGAAGGUUGAUGGUUGAUAAGCACUUAAGGGUCAGAGGUCGUAACAAUAUCUUUGCAAUAGGAGAUAUCACUGAUGUUAAAGAGAUCAAACAAGGAUAUCUGGCACAGAGCCAUGCUCAAGUGACUGCCAAGAAUAUAAAGAAGUUGAUUAUGGGAGGAAGCGAGAUCAAAAUGGCUGCUUAUAAGCCUGGUUCUGACAUGGCACUUGUUUCACUUGGAAGGAAACAGGGAGUGGCACAAUUUCCAAUAGUGACAAUUAGUGGAUGCAUUCCCGGCUUGAUCAAAUCUGGGGACUUGUUUGUGGGGAAGACAAGGAAACAACUUGGGCUAAAACCUUGAUUUGACUAAAAGAUGAGCUGAACUUGUUAUUUCUUUAUGUUAAUCAAUUUAUAUUAUUUUCGUUUGGAAAUAUUUGCUUUUCAUUGAAGAAAACAAACACAAGCGUGUGGUUAUAAGUCGUGGUAUAGACAUGUUGUAUUUUAUUAAAUUCUCAAUGACAGCAAGCAACUUUGAUUGGAGUUGGGUUUCCACCAUCUCCUUUUGGCUUCAAA